AUGAUCAGAGACGUUUUGCAUCCAUUCAAGACAUACCCUUUCCAUCCCUCCCCCGUCCUUUUCCAUUUCUCCCUCCUCCCCACCCUUCAGCGCUUUUACCGUUUCUACAUAGUGGGUCGGGGCAAGAACAAGGAUCAGAAGCGCAUCCUCAAGAUUGACCGAUCUGAGCCGUCGGAGCUGGUGCUGGUGGAGGAUCCGACGGUGUACACCGCUCGACAGUGCUCUGCUCUGCUGCAGCAACUCGCAGAGGGCAAUCGCAGCUCCGGGGGGCUUCGCUUGGUCACCAAGGCCUAUGGCAUCGUCGGUGAGUCGCUCUUAGUCACUCAUUACCAUGCCCACCCCACGGCCAUCUUCCAGGAAUUCUCAAAAGCAACCCUCUCUCUGCCUUACUCUCAGCCUUGCCUUUUCCACACUUUGCUUGCCCGUUCCUCUCUCUCCCUUACUCUCUGCCUUGCCUGUUCCUCUCUCUCCCUUACUCUCUGCCUUGCCUGUUCCUCUCUCUCCCUUACUCUCUGCCUUGCCUGUUCCUCUCUCUCCCUUAUUCUCUGCCUUGCCUGUUCCUCUCUCUCCCUUACUCUCUGCCUUGCCUAUUCCUCUCUCCGCCUUAUUUUUGAGGCGCCUCAUUUUGAAGCGCCUCAAAAAUACUCUCGGCCUUGCUUGUUCCCUUCUCUGCCUUACUCUCUGCCUUGUCUGUCUUUGUUCUCCCCUCCCCCAUCGGCAGGGUGUGUGCGCUUCCUAGAGCCCUGGUACCUCAUUCUGGUGCGGCGCCGGCGGCAGGUGGGGUGCAUGAGGGGGCAUGCAGUGUUCCGCAUCGAAGAGAGUCUCGUGCUCACCGUGCCCCACGCCAGCGUGCACACGAGCGUGGCUUCCAGCACCAUGGAGCAGCGGUACAAGAGGCUGCUGUCAGGGGUGGACCUCACAAAGGACUUCUUCUACUCGCACUCCUACCCCGUCAUGCGCUCGCUACAAGACAACGUCUGCCGUACCGUCGCCGGGUGCACCGAGUGUGGCAGCAGCUGCAUGUCCCAUAUGGAUCACAUGGCCCACAUGGCCCACGAGCACAUGUUUGUGUGGAACGCCUUCCUCACACGCCCCAUCCGCCAUGCCCUCGGCACCAACCGCUGGACUCUCACUCUCUCCCACGGCUUCUUCCACCAGGAGCGCAUGUCCAUCUUCGGGCGGGUCAUCUCACUUGUCUUAAUCGCCCGCCGCUCGCGCCACUUUGCCGGCACGCGUUAUCUCAAGAGGGGGGUGAACGACCGGGGGCGAGUGGCCAACGAGGUGGAGGUGGAGCAGCUGCUGCUCGACCACUCCCACGAACCCAUCCUACCGCCUCCCACCGCUCUGCACCGUGAACCCAUCCUACCUACCGCAUUGCACCGCGACGCAGCAGUUACAAGUUCACCAGCAGAAGCGACGGCGGUGGCGGCAGCGGCAGCAGCAGCGGCAGCAGCAGCGGUGGCGGUGGCAGCGGUGGGGGCGGCGUCAGCAGCAGCGGUGCCAGCGAUGGCGAGUGUGGUGCAGGUGAGGGGAUCCAUUCCCCUCUUCUGGUCGCAGCAGGCAUCAAGACUCAGCCCCAAGCCAGACAUCGUGUGUGAGUGGUGCUGUGCGGUGGGUGAGUGGCGCAGUGCGGUGGGUGAGUGGCGCAGUGCGGUGGUGCAUCGCUAUGACCCCAUGUACACGGCAGCGCGGCUGCACUUUGAGAACCUCAUGGAGCGGUACGGCCGCCCCAUCAUCAUCCUUAACCUCAUCAAGACAGUGGAGAAGCACCCUCGUGAGAUGAUUCUUCGGAGGGAGUUCGCGAUGGCAGUGGCGUAUCUCAACCGCGUGCUGCCCCGCCCCUCCGCCCUCACCUACAUCCACUGGGACUUCUCCCGCUACGCCAAGAGUGCAAACGCAGGCACCACUCCAGCAGGGGUCACCAGUGCUGCAGCAAGCGCACUCAGCACUCUCACCACCACUCCCAACGUACCCACCAUUCCCAACACACCCACCACACUCCACACCCUUACCAGUCAUCCCAGUCCCUUCUCCUCCUUCCCCUCCUCCUCCCUCAUCCCCUCCUCCUCCUCCCUCAUCCCCCCGUCCUCCCCUUCUGCUUCCUCCUUCUCGCUCUCACCUCCUUCGCUCUCUCCUCGCACCACCAACACCAGCGGCACCAACGUCCAAGCAAGCAGUGGCAGCGGCAAUAGCACCAGCGCCAGUGCGGAAAAUGGCAGCAGCAGUGGGAGCAAGGGCAGUGUGGCGGAGGGGGUGUUGGGUGCGCUGGCAGCGAUCGCUAGAGAGUGCCUUGCCAAGACUGGCUUCUUUUACUCCGGCCAGCUCGCCAGCUCGUUGACUUCCUCUUCCCCCCUCUUCUGGCCCGCACCACAGUUGGUCACAGAGCAUGCUUUGCUUCUCACCUGCAUGCCCUUUGUUUCCUCCUCUCCUCUGUUCCCCAUCUCUUCCAUGCCCCCUGUCCUCUGUUCCUCAUCCCAUGUGCCCCCAUCUCCUCUAUGCCCGAUCACCUGCCUUGUCUCCACAUCGCCAGGGCUGCCACCAAGACUUGCUUCUCUUUCCGCCCCACCGCCCCUCCCUCUGUCCCAUUUCCUCCCAUUGCCUCUCCUCUGCCUCCCAUCUCCUCUGCGCCUCCCCCUCCCCUGUCUCCCCAAUGCAUGCAAUCUCCCCAGGGCUGCCACCAAGACGUGCUUCUCGUCCCGCCCCGCCGCCCCUCCCGCUGCUGCCGCCGCUGCUGCUGUACCCAGCACAACCAGACCGGAGGAGGGGGGCGGAAUCAGACCAAGCAGCAAGGGAGGAGCAGCUGCAGCAGCAGCAGCAGCGCAGGAGGAGGAGGCAGGGAGAUGGGUGCGUCCCCCACAGCUGCAGCAAGGAAUAGUCCGAACCAACUGUCUGGACUGCCUGGACCGCACCAACGUGGCCCAGUUCGUGUUCGGUCGAGAGGCCCUUGCCCACCAGCUCUACUCCUUGGGAAUCACAGAUUCGCCGCACCUGGACAGCAAGAGCGACGUGGGGAGGCGGCUGCAGGGGAUGUACAUCGCGAUGGGGGACGCCCUGGCACUGCAGUAUGGGGGGUCGGCGGCGCACAACCUGGUGAUUGCUGAGCGGCCCGGCACGUGGCGGUCUACGCUGCAGUCUCAGGAGGUGCUCAAGUCGCUGCAUCGGUACUACAGCAAUGCCAUCACAGACGCUGAGAAGCAAGACGCUAUCAACCUCUUUCUGGGUCACUUCCAGCCUUGGGCAGGGCAGGCAGCCAUGUGGGAAGUGGGGUCGGACCAGCACCUGCAUGGAGCCACAGGGAGGGGCGCUCAGGCGGGGGAGGUGGGGGCGGAACAGGGGCAGCUGGGGUUGAGUGGAGGGAGGGGAGUGGAGGGGGGUGGAAUGAUGGGAGCAGCAGCCAUGCCGUCUGCUUCCUUCUCGCCCAGCCUCGCAUCGCUCCCCGAUGUGUCCGAUGCCCCACCUCCUCCCAUGGACCUCGCACUCCUCCCCUCCCACGUAUGCCCCCCCCCAUCCCAUGGACCUCUCUCUUGUCCGCCACCACGACCCCUCGCACUUCCCUUCCUCCCUCCUAAUAAGACGUCUCAAAAGUCCUCCUCCCUCCCCCCACACUCGAACCCCACUGCUUACAGGCGAUUUUUGUGUCACCUAAAAGAUCGUCCCCUCUUGCUCCCUCCCUCCCUCCCUCUUCUUCCUCCCUCUUCCCCUGUGCAGACCCCUGUGGCUGCCCUCCUCUCCUCCCCCUCCCUCUCCCUCUCCUCCUGCUCUCCUCCUCCCGCCCCUCUCCCCCUCCCACCCCACUCAAGCUUACCUCCUUUGGUGGCGCUUCAAAAUUUGACCGACUGCUUGAAGCAGGGGGGGGAACAGCUACCCCUGUGGCUGCCCUCCCCUCCUCCACCGCCCUCUCCCCCUCCUCCCGCUUCUCACGCUCCCUCCUCCCGCCCCUCUCCCCCACCUGCCUCGCUCAAGCUCACCUCCUUUGACCGCCUGCUGGGGGCAGGCGCUGCAGCAGCAGGGGGGGGUACAGCCGUGCGAGUCUACCCUGAAAACAGCAGGGGGAGUGGCAGUCAGGGUGGUGGUUUGAGGAAGGAGGGCGGCGACAGGGGUGUGCAGGAUUGGAGAGGUGUGAGGGGAGGUGGAGAGGUGCGUGGUGGUGGGAAGGGAUUGGGGAGGGGAAGAGGUGCGGAGGUGGUUGAUCCGAGGGAAUGGGCUGGGGAGUUGAAGGAGUGUGGGUAUGUGUUUCUGCACGAGAUCACGCCAGAUACUCCACACACCAUGACCUAUGGCCAGGCCAUGUCCUGGAUACACCCUCAUCAACCUUCCUGCAACCCUCAUCAACUUCUCUUCACCCCUCAACACCUCUCCCCCACGCCGUUUUUGCUCUCCCUUCUCUCAACCCCCGGCACCCACCAGCUUCCUCGCAUCCAUUUCAUCCUCGGCAACACGAGGAGCGAGGGGCGAGGUAUCCUGGGGGCAGUGAGGGGUGGACACGACGUGACUGUUAAGUCGCCUCUGAGAGCUCUCCCAUUCUUCAACCCUCAAGUCUCUCCUCUCUUUCACCCCCGUGUACUCACCAGCUACCUCGCAUCCGUGCCCUCCCUCAUCCCCGGCAACACCUUGGCUUCUGUGGGGGGUGACGGUGCACACACACACGAGCAGUCGGGCAUGCAGGGAGCAUGGCCUUUAGAGCUGCAGGGCUUUGGUGCCCUUAACAGCCCUGGAGCGACAAGAGGAGGGGGGGAGGGGCCAAGGCUGGAUGAGAUGCUGGGAGGGUGGGCCGUGGCAGAGGCAGCAGUGGAAGACGCAAGGAGGGCGGAGGAAGCACAGGAGGUGGUGAGAAAAGAAGCGGAGCUUUUGGGUGGUGACUAUGGUGUGAGUGUGCCCCAUGUGCUGCCUACGGUGGUAUGUGCCGGGCUCAUGGAUGGGUGGCUGGCACAGGGCCAAGCCGAUAUGAGAGCACCGUUCCAGCCGUUGCCUUAUUGA